GGUGAAAGGUCAGGAGGUGAUCGCGCUCCCUGAAUCUGUUCAGCGAGUCUGGAGAUUGAGGAAUCGGGGAUGCUAUACAUGGCGCCCACUGAUAGGCUCUGCCUGUGAGAGAGAGAGAGAAGGGACGGCAGCUGUGGGCACGGACCUAGCGGUACAGAUUCAAUUUAUGAAGCUGAAAGUGAAGGCUCCUGAAUGUAUAUUUGAAGAUGAGGCGAUUAAAUAAGAAGAAAGCACUGAAUUUAGUGAAGGAGCUUGACGCCUUCCCAAAGAUUCCUGAAAGUUAUAUUGAAACUUCCACAAGUGGCGGAACGGUUUCCAUAAUUGCCUUUACCACCAUAGCUCUAUUGUCCAUUAUGGAAUUUUUUGUGUAUUGUGACACAUGGAUGAAAUAUGAUUAUGAAGUAGACAAAGAUUUUGCCAGCAAACUGCGAAUCAAUUUAGAUAUUACAGUUUCAAUGAAAUGUCAUUAUAUUGGUGCAGAUGUCCUAGACUUAGCUGAAACUAUGGUGGCAGCUUCAGAAGGGUUGAAAUAUGAACCAACCGUUUUUGAAUUAUCUUCACGUCAAAGAAUGUGGCAAAGAACACUUCAGAAGAUUCGCAGAAAAGUGCAAGAGGAACAUUCUCUUCAAGAUCUUUUAUUCAAAAGUGCUUUUAAAGGCUCUCCUACUGUAUUGCCACCCAGGGAAGACAGAUUAUCCCACCCACAUGAUGCCUGCAGGAUACAUGGACACUUAUAUGUCAACAAAGUAGCAGGAAAUUUUCACAUAACUGUGGGCAAGGCAAUUCCUCACCCUCGAGGUCAUGCACAUAUGGCAGCUCUCAUUAGUCAUGAUGUGUACAAUUUUUCACACCGAAUAGAUCAUUACUCAUUUGGAGAACCAAUUCCUGGUCUUAUCAAUCCACUGGAUGGAACAGAAAAAAUUGCCAUAGAUCAUAAUCAGAUGUUUCAAUACUUCAUCACAAUUGUGCCAACAAAACUUAAUACCUACAAAUUCUCAGCAGACACUCAUCAGUAUUCAGUCACAGAAAGGGAACGUGUGAUAAACCAUGCAGCAGGCAGCCACGGCGUUUCGGGUAUUUUCAUAAAAUAUGACAUCAGUUCCUUGAUGGUUACAGUGACUGAGCAGCACAUGCCUUUAGGGCAAUUCUUAGUGAGAUUGUGUGGAAUUGUUGGAGGAAUAUUCUCAACAACAGGCAUGCUACAUGGACUUGUGGGUUUUUUAGUUGAUGUCAUCUGUUGUCGUUUCAAACUUGGAGCUUAUAAACCUAAAUUUGUCCCAGUACUUGAUGGCCACAUGAAUAAUCACUCCCUCCCGAUUUCAGAUGACUUUGAUCAUUAACAUCAAGCAGAGAUGAUUAGGGAAUAAAAGCUAUCUGUUAGAUUUUCCCUCAAUUUUAAAUGUGUGCAAUAAAACAUUUUUGGGUUGCACAGCCUUUGUUUAAAUAAAUCGUUAGUUACAUUCUAGUCUCUUUACAAAUUCAAUACCAGUCUAGACAUUACAUGUCAUACCAUUAUUGCCAUAUGACGGACUGGUUCUGAAAUAAUUCAGUGUCUUCACUUAAAAUAAAAAGGGAAAGCAAUCAGUAUUUUGUGGUCAUACAUCAGCAAAUGAGAUGACUGGAAGUCUGACUCCUGAUUUAUUUACACAGUACAAUUCAAUUUGUAAUGUUACAAAUCGACUAAGAAUUUGUUUUUACAUUUUUAUGUGAAUUGCUGAAAUGUGUACACAGGCAGGUUUGUAUCAGAUUUUUUGGUGUAAGCAUAGUAGGAAUAAUUUAAUACAGGGAGUUGUACUGCGCAGGAUAAUCCUGUUACUGAAUCAUCUGUUAAGAAUAAAAUAUAGAAGACACCCUAAAGUCUAUCUGCUUAAAGGCAAUAAUGUUAAUAGCAAGAAUAACCAUGAUAUUAAGAGUUCAUCAUGCUCCCAAUCUCCCUUCCUGUAAAAUAUUUUUCUCUUUUAUUGGCAAAAAAUUGUCUGUAAAUUAGUCUCUGAAUCACAGAAAUUGAAAAUUACAGGUGCAUUGGUCUAUCACUGACCUAUUCUCUGGUUAUCGCUGCUAAAAGCAUCUUGUUCUCUUCAUUAAGUUGAAUUAGAACAGCUGCCUCUCAAUUAUAGAAUUUUUUUUCUAAAUGUUUCUAAUGUUCUUUAUUAAAAAAUAGUAGGUUGGUGAUCUAACAAUGCAUGAAAGUUCUGUCAGGGUUCUAGACCUUUAUAUAUGUGAACCUUGGAAGUAGUCAUGAUUCAGAUGCAUAAGCAUUUGCAUUCACACCAAUAUAGCAUCCCUUCAGUCAGAGUUAGGAGGCAGCGUAUUUGAUACAUAAACUGAACAAUAUAUGUUAGUAAAUUGAGCAUAGCAUGCUGUGCCGUUAGGAGUGUGAAAUCUGAGAGACUGGAUAACGAGGUAGAUCCAUUGUAUUCUGCAUAAUGGGUUAGCCUUCUGAUUUUAUAAUCAUAAUUGUUUUUUAAUUGAAAUCGAAGAUCAACCUGUCACUGGACUUUGAUAGUCAGUUUAGCACCACUUGCCCUCUUGACAAAAAAACUGGCUGGUAACACUGUCUUAAUGAUUAUAUUUUUUAAACUCCAUGUUCAUCAUGGAAAUAGUCAUUCUUUUCACUGUGCACCUAAAAAGACAAACCUGCUCAACUAUGCAGUUUAUGAUUAUACAUGCUUUUAAUUCUACUUUCUGAUACCGCAGAUCGAUUAAAUUGUUACAAGUUUUGCACAGAGAUAAAGUGACUGUACUGCAGGUUUUAGUGAUAUCUCAUUAUUAAUACAACUGCAAGAUUAAUUUUGGUGGAGGUUUAAAAAAUGUUUUUCAUUUUAGUAUUAAAUGAUUUGUCAUGGGAGAAGUCUAAAAAUAAUGAGGAGUUGUACAUUUUCAUUCAGCAAUGUUCAUUGUGUGUCUUUUCUAAAGUCUGCAUAGAUUUUGUACAUGUGUGAUCCCAUUCCAGGUUAGUACAGCGCAACCUUCAACAAUCUACUAUAAAUCAAGAAAUAGUUGUUAUAUUCAUACAGGAUAUGUUGGCUUGUGGAUUUUGUCAUUCUUAAAUCCUGCAAGUUAAUAACACAGAGCAGGAGUAUCUAUAGAAUUUCUGUUGAGCUGUGCUUUAUAUAAUAAAUUUUAAAGCCCCUUUAUUCUGCUCUUCAUGAAGUGUAGGCUGAACUGAUCACUCUUGAUGCAAACACACCCUGAUUUGGUGCUAUUUUUCCUGUUUGAGAUAAGAAAUGUUGUUCAACAACAGUUUAUUUUUGAUGCUAUUUCAGUGCUGAAUCAAAUGUGUCUUGAUUAUAUCUGUUUUACAAGAAAGUACCCACAACCUUCGGUUGCACAAGAUAUUUUUUGUGCUGGUAUUUCUAAUUAAGUUUUUUUUUACUUCUGUUAACAGCAUACAAUAAUAUAACUUUUGAGAAAAAUUUUGCUCUUAAUUUGUGCAUGAAGUUGAGUCAGAGAAGAGCUGCAUAGUUUUAAUAUAUACCAUAAGACACAAAACAAGGCAGUAAUUUUAAUAAUGUUGUAUUUUAGUAUGCUGAAAAUAACAGAAUACUUUAAUUCUAGCCUUGAUAUCUAAGUGAGUUUGGGAUGGCAAAACAAUUACUGGAUCAAUUUUUAACCCUACCAUUGCUGACUUUGUGAUGUUAACCUUACAGAGUUCAAUAGGUGCAUGAGGUGCUUACUUAAACAGAUAGACAUUUCAAAAUUUAUGUAAAUUCUAGAAUUUCUGUUCCUAUCAGAUCAGUGGGAUACAGAAGGUGAAGUGAGAAUGUCUACUCUUGACCUUAAGGCACUAGUCGUGUAUGACUCUAAGAAGCCCUAGUAGAACUGAAGUCCUUGAUGAUCAGGGGAAAAUCUUUCACUGGCAAGUGCCAUGCCUGGCAUAGUGGAAAAUGGUUUUAGUUUUUGGAAGCCAAUCAUCUCAGCAUUGCUGUAGGGAUUCCCUAGGACAGUGUCCUAGGUUCAACUAUCUCCCAUUGCUUUAUCAAAGACUUUUCCUCCAACUUAGAAGUGGAACUAUUCUCUGAUGACUGCAGAGCACUCAGGUAUAUUUGCAACUCCGCAGAUAAUUAAAGAACCCAUACCCACGUGCAGCAAAGCCUGAACAACAUUCAGGCUCAAGCUGACAAGUGGCCAGUGGCAUUCAUGUAAUGCAAAUAUUGGAAAUGACUGUAACAAGAGAGCCUAAUACAUUACCAUCAACUUACCUUCUACCUAUCCACAUUCUGAGGUUAGAUUAACCAGAAACUCUAUAUGAAUGUACCCAGCAUAUAAAUGCUAAGGCUACUAGACCAGCUCAGAGGCUGAAUAAUCUGCAGUGAGUGGCUCACCACCUAAUUCCCAAAGGUUUUCCACCACGUAAAAGGCACAAGCUUGGAAUACUUUUCACUUGCCCGAAUGCAUAUGUGAAUAACAUUUAAGAAGCUUUACACAAUCCAGGACAAAGGAGUCUGCUUAAUGGCACCUCAUCUGCUAAACAUCCAAGAUGUGUAUACCAUGGCUGCAGAUGUACUAUUUACAGGAUGCACUGCAACAACUUGCCACUUCCCGAACCCAUGGCUACCACUUGGAAGGACAAGGCAGCAAGUAGAUGGAAACACCAUCACCUCUAAUUCAUUUGCCAAACCCACACAAUCCUAACUUGGAAACAUACUGCCAUUCCUUCACUGUCACUUGCUUAAAAUCCUGAAUCUCCCUGCCUCAUUACUAUAGGAACACCUUCACCACUCAGACUGCAGCAGUUCAAGAAGAUGGUCCACCAUCAUCUUUUAUAGAGCAACUAGGAAUGGCAAUAAUAAAUGACAGCUUUACCAGUGACGCGCAUACUCCAAGAAUAAAUGUAGGAUCCCAAUAAAAUUUUAACUGGUGUUGGAGCUGGGAAACCGAGCUGAAUACAGAAAAAAAACUAAGUCCAAAACACUCAUUUGUGGAGGCUAGGAGGAGUAGGCCCCAUGAGGACAGGUGCAUCGUCCCUUGACCUAGGCUUUCCCCUUGCAUCACUGCCACUAAUUUGGAAGGUGGCACAAGUAUACACAAUCUUUGCCGUCACUCACCUGGAGCUAUUUUCAUACCUGUUCUGUUGGGAAGUGGAACAAUGGCUCUUAAAUGAGGCUCAACAUUUAAAAUCUGUGGGGCACCCUAUUUCUUAAACUGGGUGGGAAAUCCUGCUCACUGGGGUGGUUUCCAGAAAUCUGCUUAAAGUUAAAAUCUACUUCCUGGGUUAUUCUGUGGGUAAGCUAGAGAGACUUUACUUGAUUUUCUUUUUCCAUCUGGUUGGGUGACCAGAUGACAGGCACACUCUUCAGAUUUAACCAAUGGUUUUCUCAAAAUGGCUGUACGAUAUGUGUAGGCUUGUACCUCAUGAAGACUUGUAGGCAUAAUCCCACAUCAUACAACUCUGUGGAAUCCAACCUUUCACCACCACAGUGCUACCUCAUUUUAUAGCAUGUUAAUUAUUUAGUACUAACUUUAUUGGUUGUUAACAUUAUUAGCUUGAACUGCAAUUUAUAGUUUAAUUUUUUGUAGUCAGUAGUUUGUAACCUCUGUCAAUGAGAUGAAAUUGAUUGCACACAUUUUAUACUAUAUCCCUGCUGACCACAUACAUUGCAAAAGAUUAUGAUUUUGGGUGGAAGAAUCUCUUCGAUGAUGGCAGUGGUGUUUUACUAAAAAUUUGGUAGGUGGUUGGCAUAAUUGCUUGGGUUUGUUUAACGUGAUGAAAAUUUUUGAGACUGUUCCCUGAUGUUUGAUAAUCAUCACAAUGAAAAUACUUUAUUUUCUGUUU